GCCCUGCGGCAGCACGAGGAGCGGGCUCGGUUCUGAGGCGGCGGCUGAGGUCCCGAGUCUCUCGUGCGGUGGCGGCGGCGACGGCGGCGCUGUGGCUCUGAGAGUGCCCAUCCUUGAGAGAUGCAGGCUACUGCAGUGGUGGAGACAGCUUCUGGUAAAGGCUCCCACUAUAAUGGAGGAAACAUCCAGAAAGCUGUGCCUUCUAAUCCUAAGAAAGAAGAUUUGUUAUUAUCUUCCAAUGGUUGUAGCAAAGCUGAAUUGGCUUUUCUUAGUGAUGACUGGGGUUCCUUGGCAGUAGAAGAAAGAGCUAAUGACAAAGAAGUCAACAGUACUGACCGAAUGGAUUUAUUGGAGCUGUCUUAUACUGGGAGUCCAGAUCCUAACAGGGAGAGCAAUCUCUCUCAGUCUGGCGAAUUUGAGGACAGUAUUGACUGUGCUUUCUUGAAUGAAACAUACUCUGUACAUUAUUCAGAGUCAAAACUAAAGAAUGAAAAUCUCAUUCAUUUAAAUUCAGAAUUAGAUUCUGAAAUGCAGAAAAGAGAAGGGGUAUUUUUUGAUAUUUUGGAAUAUCAAGAUAAUAAGAUUGUUGGCUCUGAAAGAACCUGUAAGAUUUCAGAUGAUGAUUAUAAAGAAACUGCUGAAGAGGCACAAAAACAUGAUAUAGAUGAAGACUCACAGCAGGAAUAUCACAGUGCAGAAGAGCAAGAAUACAUAAGUACUUCUUUAUCAUUUGACCAAAAGAAAACAUUGAACAUACCUAAUCUGGAAAUUGUCGGAUUAAGAAAUUCAGGUUAUGAAGUUGAAUGUGCUAGCAAUCUAGAAGGUAAUCAUGUUAAAUUGGAAAGUAAUUGUAGCAUCUCUCUAGAUUCAAUUGAUGUUUAUGGACAAGAAGAUGCACUUCAUGUCUCCAAGUUUCAGAAUUCCAUUGUGUUAAGAGAAUAUCAUGAACCAAAGCAUGAAAUGCGUAAGGAACAAGAGACGAGUUUGAUGUACCACACAGUCUUUGAUGAAAUUGUACUAGGGAGCAGUCCACUUGAGAACCAGGAAUCUCAAUCUAAGAGUGGUUUUUUGAAUCCUCAAAAAGCAUUAAAAGCUAAAAUGUAUACUGGCAAAAUGAAAUGUCAAAUAAUUGAAAGUAAAGAUUUUUGUGGGAAUGCAAUUGUUGAGAACAAAAAGUCACACCACCUUGAAAAUCCUCGCACAUCACAAGACAAAUCUUUACAGAUGUUACUCCAACCCUGUAAAGAUUGUCAAACAUCCUGGACCUCUAUUUUUGAUGAUUCAGUAAUUUCUGCCUGUGGAUAUUCAAAUUAUAAAAGCCUACAAAAUAGCCCUAAUCCAGCCUUAGAUUCUUCUGUUACUCUCCCAAGGAUUGCAGUCAAAGAUAAUCAGGCAGUAGAAGAUAACUCCCUGAAGGUUACUAAUGGCAGUACCACAAGUAAAACUUGCUUUCACAAUAUAGAAGGAACAUGUCCCAAAUUAGUGACAGAUGGAGCAAACAAGACAGUCACAGUUAAUCAGACAGUGGAUGUUAGCACUGAUUUUAGGGCUUGUUUCACAACCAGCAGGGCAACAAGUGUAAGAUCUUCCAUAGCAUCUACAUCAAGCAAUACAGAGAUAACAAUGAUGAACAAAACACGGCCUGGUGAAUGGCCCAGUGAGAAACAGAGAAGCGUGGCUUGUAACACAGAUUGGUCAUGCAGUCAGGAUGAUGACGAUGCGCCAGGGGCUGUGACAAAAGGAUCAUUGGGAAAAUCUCUCUCAGUUGACAGUUCAAAACCUAAUGAAAAUUUCCUAAAUAAGGAUCCCCUGGAAUUAAGAAAAGCGUCUGCUAUCACAGACUUGAAGAAACAUCCUGAAAGGGAAUGUCAACAUUCUAAAGAGCCGACGAAGAGUUUGCCAUCAAAGUGCUGUCAGAAAAUCAUGCAGAGAGCCAUCAAAGCAGAGUUGCACCUUUUAAAUGUUCACUAUCAGAUGUGUCACCGCCACUGCACUGAUAUUUACAAACUCGUAGUGGAGAACAGGGCAGGGGUAAAUAGAAAUUUAUCAAGUGAUUCUACUAAGAAGGAAUUAGGAUCAGCACUACUGUCUGUUUUGGGAGACUUAAAGGUUAGAUAUGAGAGCUUGAAAGAAAAAAUAAACAAGGGCAUGCCUCUGGAAGAGCUGCCCCCUCUGGCUGUGGAAUCAAAAUUGUUAUCGACCUUGUCUACAUUUGCUUCCACGCUGAUGAAAGAAGAAUCACAUGUCUUUUCAGGACCAGAUCCUGAACUAGAUAAUCAAAGAAAACGUGAUGUUGACAUCUCUUCAAGCCUAAAAAAGACACUCUCUCAAAUGUCUUUCCUGUCAGACAGUAGUCAUCCUAAACAGGAUGCACUACCCAAGGAAGAUGGUUUGAAAAAUGGUGACAUCGAUGUAGACUUUAGUCAGCUGAAACUUGAUGACAAAGACUGCAAAAAUUAUCGAGAAGUAAGUGAAGACUGGUUUGAUGCUAAAGAAAACCUGACGGGAGUUGACUUGUCAGGAAUUCAAGAAAAUCAAAUAGAAAAAGACAAAGGGGAUCCAAAGUUUCCACAAGAAAUGAAGAAUAUUGAAAAUUUACGAAAAGAUAAAGGUUACUUGAUACACGUUGGUGGUCUCUGCCCUUCAGUAUCUGAGGCUGAUUUAAGGUCUCAUUUCCAGAAAUACCAAGUUUCUGAAAUUUCAAUUUAUGAUUCUUCUACUAAUUAUAGAUAUGCAUCCCUUGUUUUUAAAAAAAACAUUGAUGCAAAGAUGGCUGUGAAAGAAAUGAAUGGGAUAGAAAUAAAUGGAAAAUCAGUAAAUGUGCGGCUUGUUAAAACUCCUGGAGAAUAUACAUCACCACUUUCCUACAAAAAUGGAAAUAAAGUUACUUGGAAUAAUUUGGAGAGAAGCACCAACAAAGAAAUUACCUCAGUCUCCUCUAUUUCAAGAUUGCCCAGAACUAGGCCAAGGCAGCUGGGAUCUGAGCAAGACAGUGAGUUUUUUCCUUUUGACCAGAAGGGUAUCAAGAAGAAUUGUAAACAGAUUGAAUCUACUAAACUAUUACCUGAUACACCUAUUCAAUUCAUACCACCAAAUACAUUGAAUCUGCGUAGCUUUACCAAAAUCAUGAAGAGACUGGCUGAACUACAUCCAGAAGUUCGCAGAGACCAUAUUAUAGAUGCUCUUCAGGAAGUGAGAAUAAAUCAUAAAGGUUUUCUGAAUGGCUUAUCUAUUAAUACUAUUGUGGAAAUGACUUCAUCUGUCUUGAAAAAUUCUGCUUCCAGUUAGGACUAAAAGAAGCAACAAGAGAAUUUCCUUGGAAAGCAUGAGCUCCCUCCUACAGAGAAUGUUCUACAACACUUAGGAAAAAAUUGUGGCAAUAGCAGAUGCCGUGAUUAAAUAGGCUUAAUAAGCGGAUUUAGCUGUGUAUAUUGUACUUUAUAGCCUUCCCUUCACAUCUAGCAGCUGUUGUUUCUACAGUACUACCAUCUCUAUAUUAAAAAUAAAAAAAAUUUUAAUGUUCAUAAACUUUAUAUUUCAAACUUGUUACUUAAAGACUUCAAGCUGCAUAUUUUGGAUUAGAAAAAAUGGUUGUGUCUACUUUUAAAAAUUUUGUUAAAUGGGUUUUUAAAAAUAGUGACCAAGACAAGGUUUAUUAUUUCAGAGUCCAUUAAGUAAUUUCCUUCCAGAAAAAUAUAAUUUACCUGAAGUUCUUAGUUCCAGUUUUCAGUAAUCUUAAGACUUAAUUGGACCACGGGAUAACAGAUAAACUGAAUUUGAAUUCACAGAUACAUAACAUUUUGGAAUGUGUAUAUUUUUAAGCUUCCUAGACAGUUAUAUUGAAGCUCUGAUACAUUUAAUGUAUUUUUGACAUAUAUAUAUAUAUGUAUAUAUAU